CGGCGGAGGAGCCCGGGAGGCGGCGGCGGCGGCGAAUCGUGUCUGCUUAGGGGCCCCGGCGCCGCAGACCGCGCCGUGUCCGCGCGGAGCCGCCCAGGUGCGCGUGAGGAUGCUGGUGUGGCCCUAGGCCAGGCUCCACACAAUGACCUGCUGGCUGCGUGUGCUCAGUCUGCAACUCCUGCUGCUGCCUGCAGCGCAGCCCCCUGUGCAGGGCUGCCCGGCCCGCUGCGAGUGCACGGUCCUGACGCGUGCAGUGGCCUGUGGGCGCCGCCGCCUGACUGCUGUGCCGGACGGCAUCCCUGCUGAGACGCGCGUGCUGGAGCUGAGCCGCAACCGCAUCCGCUGCCUGAACCCGGGCGACCUGGCCUCGCUGCCGGCGCUGGAGGAGCUGGACCUCAGCCUCAACGCCCUCGCGCACGUGGAGCCCGGCGCCUUCGCCAACCUGCCAUGCCUGCGUGUCCUGCGUCUCCGUGGCAACCAGCUCAAGCUCAUCCCUCCCGGGGUCUUCACGCGCCUGGACAACCUCACCCUGCUGGAUCUGAGCGAGAACAAGUUGGUGAUCCUCUUGGACUACACGUUCCAGGACCUGCACAGCCUGCGCACGCUGGAGGUGGGUGACAACGACCUGGUGUUCAUCUCACGCAGGGCCUUCGCGGGGCUGCUGGCGCUCGAGGAGCUGACCCUGGAGCGCUGCAACCUCACGGCCCUGUCCGGGGAGUCUCUGGGCCACCUGCGAGGCCUGGGCGCCCUUCGGCUGCGACACCUGGCCAUCGCCACCCUGGAGGACCAGAACUUCUGCAGGCUGCCGGGGCUCCUGCACCUGGAGAUUGACUAUUGGCCGCUGCUGGAGGAGGUGGCCGCGGGCAGCCUCCGGGGCCUCAAUCUGACCUCGCUCUCGGUCACACACACCAACAUCACCGCCGUCCCCGCAGCAGCGCUCCGCCACCAGGCGCACCUGACCUGCCUCAAUCUGUCCCACAACCCCAUCAGCACGGUGCCGCGAGGGUCCUUUAGGGACCUGGUGCGCCUGCGCGAGCUUCACCUCGCCGGGGCUCUGCUGGCCAUCGUGGAGCCCCAGGCCUUCCUGGGCCUGCGACAGAUCCGCCUACUCAACCUUUCCAACAACCUCCUCUCCACGCUGGAGGAGAGCACGUUCCACUCGGUCAACACGCUGGAGACGUUGCGCGUGGACGGGAACCCGCUGGCCUGCGACUGUCGCCUGCUCUGGAUCGUCCAGCGUCGCAAGACCCUAAACUUCGACGGGCGGCUGCCGGCCUGCGCCACCCCGGCCGAGGUGCGCGGCGACGCCCUGCGCAAACUGCCCGACUCGGUGCUCUUUGAAUAUUUCGUGUGCCACAAACCCAAGAUCCGAGAGCGCCGGCUGCAGCACGUCACGGCCACCGAGGGCGACGACGUGCACUUCCUGUGCCGCGCCGAGGGCGAGCCAGCACCUGCAGUGGCCUGGGUGACGCCGCAGCACAGGGCGGUGACGGCCGUCAGCGCCGGGCGCGCGCGCGUGCUGCCCGGGGGCACGCUGGAGAUCCUGGACACGCGGCCGCGGGACAGCGGCACCUACACGUGCGUGGCCAGCAACGCCGGCGGCAACGACACCUACUUCGCCACUCUGACUGUGCGUCCCGAGCCCGCCGCCAACCGGACCCCGGGCGACGCGCGCAACGAGACGCAGGCGGCCGCGCGCUUCCCGCUGGACCUCACCACGGUCCUGGUGUCCGCGGCCAUGGGCUGCAUCACAUUCCUGGGCGUCGUGCUCUUCUGCUUCCUGCUGCUCUUCGUGUGGAGCCGCGGCCGCGGGCAGCACAAGAACCACUUCUCGGUGGAGUACUCGUUCCGCAAGGUGGACGGGCCCGCCGCCACCGCCGGCCAGGGGGGCGCGCGCAAGUUCAACAUGAAGAUGAUAUGAGGGCCGGGCGCCGAUCUCUGCGUCCUGCCCCGCUGGUUUCCACCUACGCAUCCUCCGCAGGGGGCAGCCGCAAGACAGCUGACCCGCAGGACACCCCCUCCCCCCUUCCUUUUGUAGGCACCUAGCCGCGGGCCUGUUUUUCAGCGGAGCGGAUCUUUUGCAGUUUCUCGAGACUUUUCUAAAGGUUUCCACCUGUCUUCCGCCCCCCAUCCCGCUGUGGUCCCGGGGCUGGGGCUGGGGUGGAGGGAUGGGGGGCUGGGCUCCUUUCUGCCAACCCUGCAUGGCUGGGGGCUCAGAGUUCACACCAGGGGGUGACAGCCGCCCCCAGCCCAUUCCACCCCGCAGCUUUCCCAUCUACGGGAGACAGUGGCACCUGGGCUGCACGGAGGGCGCCCCAGCCCCAGGGCAGAGCAAGCAGAAGGUCUGUGCUGCUCAUACCGGAGCCCCCAUGGCUCACACGCAGAGCGCACAGAUUCACACCUCGGGCCCCGACACAGCUCAGAGGGGGCACGCGGUGCACACAGAUGGUAGAAUCCAGUCCUGGCUCCGGAGCUGCCCCCAGGGGCACGCUCGGCUCACACCUAGGACACUCCACACACAGCCAGAACACUCAUUUCACAAUGGGCCACACUCAGCCCAUACCUAGGACACUCCCCUGGUGCCCAAGGCACGCUCAGCUCACACACUCAGCUCCUAACUAGGGCACCCUAAAUUCACACUUCGGAUACUCCACACUAGGUACACACCCAGCUCACACUGGAGACACACUCAGCCCAUGCUGAGGACACACAGAGUUUACACCAGAAACACAAGGCUCACACCCAGGGCACACUCAGCUCACACGCAGUGCACACGAGGGGUCCUUGUCAGUCCCCACAGCCCUGUUCCCAUCCUUCCUCCCCAGGACCUGUCGGCCAGUGGGGCGCCCACCAGGAGAAGCCAUGGCCCCAGCUCCCCAGCGCCCUCACGCGCCCAGCCCCUGGCCUCAGGGCCCCCAGCUGGAGGAGUCAUCCGGCCAAGUUCACAUGGAGCCCUGAGCUGGCACCCUCAGGUGUGGGGUGGGAGCAGACAGUUAGGGGUGGGCCCUGAGUCCCUGCCAUGUGCCCCCAGGGCUGGUGACAGGGAGGAAGGCCGAGGACCCUCGUCGCUGAGAGACAGACACAGGACCUUGGUCUCUGUGACAUGCGGGCAGAUCUAGGAGCAGAGUUUGAGUCCCAGGCCAGUUGCAGCUCAGGGGGAGAAAGACCUCCCCAGGACCACUGCCUGUUGUCUGCAGGUAGUGAGCUCCCUGCCACUAGAGGUCAGCAGGCAGGAGCUGAGGUUUGCCAGAAGACUACCGGACCGGCGGCCUCCCUGACCGGCCUCCCUGACCGGCCUCCCUGACCGGGCUCCCCCACUCAGCUCCUCCCCACCCUCUACCUCAGCCAGAUGACAGGUGGGACACUCUAGGGGGAAGAGGCACAGGAAACCUCGUGGGGCCUGGCCGGGGUGGAAGAUUUUUCAGCCUGCCUGCCCCCUCCUGCCCUGCUGUGUGGUCUCAGCUCGUGACUGGAUACCAGCCAGUCACUGGUGUCCUUGUCCCUGACAUGGGUCCUAGAGUCCAGGCCAGCAGACGGGCUGCAUGGCUUGGCUUGGAUCCCGGAUCCCUUGAGUCUAUGGAAAGACAAAAGCUGGCUUCCUGGAGAGGACUCAGCAGGGUCCUGGCUGGGCUGUGGCCUGGGACCUAGGGACCCCUGGCCCUGCCCAUGAUGUGCGGAGGGGCCAGCGGAGUGUGGGCCAGGGGUGCAAGCUGUGGCCCCAGACUCUCUCAGGAGCCCAGCCAGGCAGAACAGUCCUUCAGUGGCCUCCAGGCCCUGUUGUCAUGACAACCCCAAGGGCUUCCUGACCCUGUUGGCAUGGCAACUCCAGGCCUCCAAACACAACAUCCAAGUGCCUUUAGCAACAUUCAAAGAUGGGGUGGGGUGGACGUUCCUGGCAGCACUGGGGUGACACAGCAUAAGUAUUGGGGUUCCCCAGCCCCUUCUCCCCCAGUCCCAACCCAAACCAAGACCCCUCUGCCUACCUCCCUCCACAUCCUGCUGUAUUUGAUUGGAAUCAAAUAAAACUGAAAUUGAUUUAA